UGGACUCAAGCGAACGACUUGUUCAAACUUGGAUGGCUUCUGGUCGAGAUGAAGAAAUAAACGAGAUCGUUUUAGGCAUCUCGAACGACCGAACAUCGUUGAUCAAUGUCGUGAAGGCGCUAGGGGAGUAUCUCACUUCAGAGGAAAGCGAAUUGUUACAGAAAGGUGUAGAACUACUAUCGCUGGUCGUUGCUCGGUGCCCUUAUGAAAGAUUGAAUCGCCAAUCUGGUAGGGUCCUGACUGCCUUUUUCUGCGGCAAAUUGAACGACUCCGUCACCGUCAAGCAUGCCUUAAGUGGCCUUGUUUCACUUGUGUCCCUGCCAACGUUCUCUCCGGCCGAGGCCAACACUGUUGUCGAAGCGGUACUACGACAUAUCAGGAUGAAGGGCUUGGUCCAAGAUGUCCGUUUCAAGGUCUUUUCCAUAAUAGAUUCUCUCAUGGCUUUCCAUCGACAAGGUCUGACCUCUAUGGGCAAACCCUUCUUGGAUGGAUAUACGACUCUAGCAGAUGGCGAGAAAGAUCCUCGAAACUUGAUGGUUGCUUUCGCGAUAGCUCGAGUAAUCUUAAUCGAGUUCGAUGUCUCUCAACACACUGAGGCCAUAUUCAACAUUCUAUUUUGCUACUUCCCUAUUACAUUCCGACCUCCGCCAAAUGAUCGCUAUGGCAUUACUACCGACGACCUGCGAACAUCCUUGAGGCGAUGCCUAGGCGCGACCCCAGCGUUUGGACCAUUGGCGGUCCCUGUGUUCCUGGAAAAACUCACUGCUGGGUCGCGAGCAACGAAGGAAGAUACUCUUCAAACGAUGGCGUUUUGCUUCCCUGUAUACGGAUCAGCAUUAGGUCGCGCACAUGCUCGGAAACUUUGGAAUGCUCUGAAACUGGAGGUAUUCCAACCUGUCGACCCGCAAACUGAGGAAGAGGCGCUGAGGACCACACAAGUGCUCGUCAAAACGAUUUAUACAGACGAAGAGGCUGCUGUUGAGUCUAAUGACGAUGUCCAUGGCCUUGCCAGGGACGCCUGCGAAGAAUGUAUACAGAUCCUCAAGGAGCCAGAAAAAAACCAAGCGAAGGCUGCCAUAAAGAUAUUGUGCUCAUUCAUGGCAACUACUCGUUCUGUGUCGCGGUAUACAACCUCGCAAGCUGUUCCUCAUCUCGUCAAACUGUUUCAUAAGCCAGAUGAAGCGCCAACUCGUGGCGCAACGCUUGCCUUGUUGUCAGAAUUGCUUUUGGCCGCUUGUGAUUCGCAGGUUAAAUUACCCACCGCAGAGGCUGAUCCCGCAUUGCUGCACUACAAAGAUGAGGUCCUGGGUGUCUUGACAGUCGGGUUGCAGUCGACAACGUUGCGCGUGGCAGCAUUACCUGGCCUCAAAGCCAUGGCAUCUACAGACCGUCUUCUUACUGACGAAGAGCUCGGGUUUAUUGUUCAUAGAGUCGGCGACGUUAUCGAAAGUGAUUUGGACGGGUUCGAGGAAGCUAGGGAAACCAUCCUUGAUCUGUUGAAGACGAUUAGUGACCGUGCUCCACAACGCAUUUCCGAGCAGACUCUUCCUCUGCUGUUUAAAUCACUCCCGGACAAAGCACCAUCCCGCGAGGCAACAGCCGAGCGCGAAAAAUGCUGGCAAGUUCUUUCUGCACUACAAAUACUCUGUAUCCAGCAAGAACUUUUUGAAAACCUCGUCAUACGUCUGACAACAAAGUUGGACCUGAUAUGCUUCCCCUCACACGGUUUGAACGAUACCAUCAAUGAUCUAGAGCUGGAUGCCGCCUUCGUGCACAUGAUAUUGAAGACGUUGGCCCAGACACUGUCAACGAAGGUUAAAACAGGACAUCCUGACGUCCCUAAGUACGUCGACCAGCUCCUCCCCCGGAUCUUCAAUAUCUUCAUAUCCUCGGCCGUUCUCUCAACCGAGCAACCAAUGAUUGCGACAAAUCCCCGACUGCUCAAUGUAGCAGCAGAGAUUAUUACCCUUGUCGUACAGUCAUUACCACCUUCGCGGCAGCAAUCAUACUCGAUUGGUCUCUCAAAGGCUAUCAUGGAUGGAGAUACGACAGAUAUUGCUCAAGACUUCCAGAAGAAAUCAAGCGCACGGAGACUUGAUUUCUUUGGUGCGAGUACAACGAACGAGAGGAAUCUUUUGGCUUUGCUAACCGCAGCGGUAAUUCCUUUCCAUAAAGAAGUGUAUCUUUCAAUCGGAGAUGUCGACAAGUUCCUGGAUACCUUACUCGCCUUUGUAACGGAGGAAGCGGAUACAGAUCUGCAAAGAUUAUCCGCACUUCAUAUGCUCUCUUCGAUUCUUAAUCGUCGAGCAGCUGGACUUUCAUCGUUCUUGCAAGACAAGCUUGACAGCUUCUGGCACAGAGAAAUAGCUGAUCGAAGUGCGCUAGUUCUGCGACGCAAGUCCGCCAUUCAAGCCUGGACCUGGGUAUCGAAAGCAUUGCUCGUGCGAAAACACCCACUCGCUAUGAAUUUUGCCGAACGUCUAUUCGACGCCUUCGGAGAUGAAACUAUUGGCUGGGACGCUGCAAGGGCGAUGGGGGAUAUCCCUGCUCAAGAUUCAGUGUUGAACAAGGCUAAUCAUGCUGAAAUCAAGGUACUUUAUGUUCAGAAGUAUGUCAACAGCAUCCUUCCACGGCUCAUUCAACUAGCCAAGGGUGCCAGCAGUCCCGUGGAAAAGACUGCAGCUCUGGUCGCGUUAACUUGUGUCAUCAAGUCAAUUCCAAGAGCUGCUUACAUUCAUGAAAUGCCAUCCGUCAUCCCUCUUCUGUUACGGGGCAUUGAUCUGCCCGAUGCCGAUAUUCGAUGCAGCGUUAUCGACACAUUCCUCGCUGCAGCAGAGGGUGAGACACCAGAGAAAAACAUGAUCUCGGAGCACAGCGGCACACUUGUGAACGCCAUGCUGAGAAAUAUUCGAGCAGAAAAGAUCGCUUCAACGGAAGUUCGUAUUUCGGCCUUACGUUACCUGGGAGGUUUGCCCAGCAUCGUGCGAUACGACAUGCUACACCCAUACAAAUUCACGGUCCUUCGAGAAUUAGCGAAGACCCUAGAUGACCCCAAGCGAUCAGUACGCAAGGCAGCAGUCGAUGCAAGGACCAAUUGGUUCAAAUACAAAGGAUAAG